UUAUUGAUAACGCCCGAUGAGCCAUCGAUCAGUCCCUAGGAUCAGUCCCUCAAAACGACAUGUUACUUGCUAUCUAGAAAAUAAAAAUCAUUGUUUUGGACACUUAUCGCGGAGAUUUCGGGCAAUAAAUAUAGAUUAAACAAUAAUAAAGUUUAUCUUUAAAUGUUUUUAAUUAAGGACUGAUUAGGAAAGGUGUAGUGUUGAUUGUUGCUAGUGAGUGUAUGAUGAGAAUGAUGGGGGAAGGUGAGAUGGGUUACGGGGACUACUACAACUAUGACAACAGCUGGUCCGUGGCCCCGCCGGACUACGUCGACCCCAACUACCAGCUGAGGCAGCAGCAGAUCGAAGAGGAUUACAGAUACAACUCUUAUGCGUUACUGGACAGCAUGAAGAUGCCUGGCCAACGGCCUGGGUUCCAGAUUUCGGACAUCCUGGGGCUGAACGAGGGCAAGGGCUUGGAGCCGCCGCCACCGGCGGGCCUAGGGCCCUGCUCCCUGGACUUGCCACCCUACGUGCCGCCGCAGCCUCAUUACUCUCAUGAGCUGUUGAGGCAUCAUCAGCCCUGGCUUGCUCUGGAUCAUCACGAUGGAAAUGGUAUCAUUGGCCAACAAGCGAGUCCUGAUAGCACGUCGCGAGCGUCUGAACUCUCUUACGUGGGAGUUUCGGCUUCUUCCCCGCCAAUAACUGAUCCCCGCGCCGACCACGACCACGAUAAUGACCAGGACCACGACAUCGAUCACGACGACGACCUCGACCAUGAGCAGUCGUCGAGUAGCCUCAACGACCCAAACUUGGCACAUAAGAAGCGCAAACGACGCGUAUUAUUCUCAAAGGCUCAAACUUAUGAAUUGGAAAGGAGAUUCCGUCAACAGAGGUACCUAUCAGCGCCGGAGAGGGAACAUUUGGCUAGUCUCAUUCGUCUAACGCCGACUCAAGUCAAGAUAUGGUUCCAGAAUCAUAGAUAUAAGACGAAACGAGCGGUGCAAGAGAAAGGUGCUCACGAUUUGAAUGUUGGGGGGUUGAACUCUCCGCGACGCGUGGCUGUGCCAGUCCUGGUGAAGGACGGACGGCCUUGCUUGGGCAAGCCGGACGGGCUGCCGCCGAUGGGGAUGUCCCUGCCGCCGUACCAGCCCAUGCAUCACCAGCCGCCCGUGUCCGGCCACGGGCCGCAAGCCAGCGGCUGUUGGUGGUGAUUCCCAGACACCAAACAAUCCAGUGGUUCACUAGUCGCUGUGGCGGUCGGCUCGCAAUGUCGCGAUAAGCAAUAAAAUUUUCCUAUAAUAGAUAUCGUUGAGUCAACCCGAUGAUUGUGAGCUCACCGCGACAUAUAUUGUAUACUUAGUUGCUAUAUUAUUGACUUACAAACGUAAGUCAUAGUUAAUGUUUUAGUUUUAAAAAUAGAUUUUUUCGGUUCUUAAGCAACUCGAAUACUAAAGUACUUAACUAGGGUACUUUUAAUAAGUGGUAUCUGGAGUUCCUAAUAUUUGUAUUUAAUAAAUAUCUAACUUAAAUGAGAAUCGAUGAAUCUUAAAAUUAUUGCGCCAAAUUAUUUGAAACAGUUCAAAUUUAGGCUUUCGAAUACAUUCCACUUCGUUUUGGAUAUUGUAAAUUAAUGUAUAAAGUAUUGACGAAAUUAGUUAAGUAAUUUUAUGAGAAAUGACCAGAUUUUAUCAGAAUGCAAUAUUUAGUCAUAAGAUGCAGUAUUAUCAUAGUCGAAUAUAGUUGUGUAGGAGAUACUAUUUAUAUUAUAUUCCAAAUACAAUUUUAUAUUAAACUUAGGUAAAGAAUGGUACUUAUAUGUAUAUAUCCUGUAUAUAUGAUAAGCCUGACAGAUGUGCGUGGAAAGUUACCACUUUUAUCAAUAUAAAUCCUGGCAGUAAUAAAUCUUUACAGUGGUUUAAUUCCAUGUGUAAAACUAUCUAGCGUGACAUUAUUCAUGCUUCAACUACUUUACUUAAAUACAUUCCUUUGACAUUCCAUGUUUCAGACACAAUGUUUGAUCAUUCAAGUAAAAAAUAAUUAUUUAAGGCUGUAAAAACGUGUUAUAUGUAAAUUAUUAUGAAAGUAUUAAAUUGAUUGAUUGCACUUCUUUGUUUUACUGCA